UUAAACAAACGAUCCCGCCACUAUAACACUACUCCCACUGCUAAAAACUUCCACACUCUUCCGCCAUUUCACCUUCUCCAUUCAAAAAUCAAAAUCCAAAACAAAAUACAAAAUCAAAGUAACAAAGAAUCAACAGAUCUCUCAAACUGUAGUUAGAACAAAGAACGAGCAGAAAUGGCGUUAGCCUUCGAUGAGUACGGCCGGCCAUUUAUUAUACUCAAAGAGCAAGAAUCCAAGACUCGGUUGCGCGGUCUCGACGCUCAUAAAGCUAACAUUUCCGCCGGUAGAUCCGUCGCUCGUAUCCUCCGUACUUCGCUCGGACCUAAAGGCAUGGAUAAAAUGCUUCAAAGUCCCGACGGCGAUGUUACUAUCACGAAUGAUGGAGCUACGAUAUUGGAGAUGAUGGAUGUGGAUAAUCAGAUUGCUAAGCUAAUGGUUGAGCUUUCACAGAGUCAGGAUUAUGAAAUCGGUGAUGGAACGACCGGUGUUGUUGUUAUGGCUGGGUCGCUCCUCGAGCAGGCUGAGAAGCUGCUAGAACGUGGAAUUCACCCUAUUCGUAUAGCUGAAGGAUAUGAGAUGGCUUCUAGAAUAGCUGUUAAGCAUUUGGAGCGUAUUUCUCAGAAGUUUGAUUUUGGAGUCGAUAAUAUUGAGCCUUUGGUUCAAACUUGCAUGACCACUCUUUCCUCAAAGAUUGUGAAUCGGUGCAAGCGCAGCUUGGCUGAGAUUUCGGUUAAGGCUGUUAUCGCUGUUGCAGAUUUAGAGAGAAAGGAUGUUAACUUGGAUUUGAUUAAAGUUGAAGGAAAGGUUGGAGGAAAGUUGGAAGAUACUGAACUGAUAUAUGGAAUACUGGUUGACAAGGAUAUGAGCCAUCCACAGAUGCCGAAACAAAUUCAGGAUGCAAAUAUUGCUAUCUUGACGUGUCCCUUUGAACCACCAAAGCCAAAGACCAAACAUAAGGUGGACAUUGAUACUGUUGAAAAGUUUGAGACUCUUCGCAAGCAAGAGCAACAGUAUUUUGAUGACAUGGUUCAGAAAUGCAAGGAUGUUGGUGCUACCUUGGUUAUCUGUCAAUGGGGGUUUGAUGAUGAGGCAAAUCAUUUAUUGAUGCACAGGAACUUGCCUGCAGUCAGAUGGGUUGGUGGUGUAGAGUUAGAGCUGAUUGCAAUAGCUACAGGUGGAAGAAUAGUGCCUCGAUUCCAGGAGUUGACACCUGAAAAGCUUGGAAAGGCUGGUAUUGUUCGAGAAAAGUCUUUUGGGACAACAAAAGAUCGAAUGCUUUACAUUGAACACUGCGCAAAUUCAAAGGCUGUUACAAUAUUUAUUCGUGGAGGUAACAAAAUGAUGAUAGAGGAGACAAAACGUAGUAUCCAUGAUUCACUAUGUGUGGCCAGAAAUAUCAUCCGCAACAAUUCAAUUGUAUAUGGUGGUGGAUCAGCUGAGAUUUCUUGCUCAAUUGCUGUAGAGGCUGCUGCCGACAAAUAUCCCGGAGUGGAGCAGUAUGCCAUAAGGGCAUUUGCUGAUGCUCUGGAUGCCAUCCCGAUGGCGCUUGCAGAAAAUAGCGGGCUCCAACCCAUUGAGACUCUAUCCGCUGUGAAAUCUCAGCAAAUUAAGGAAAACAAUCCGUACUGCGGAAUAGAUUGUAAUGAUGUCGGCACAAAUGAUAUGCGUCAGCAAGACGUCUUCGAGACUCUGAUUGGAAAGAAACAGCAGAUCCUGCUCGCAACACAAGUUGUCAAAAUGAUUUUGAAAAUCGAUGAUGUUAUCUCUCCUUCCGAGUAUUGAUGCGUGGUAUUUCUUCUAGUGCUGCUUAAACAACGAUGAAACUCGAAAAACAUUAUUGCCUAAUUAUCUGAUAUUGGCAUGACGAGUCUGUUUAAGAUAUUUGUAUUAUGAGCUUUGUUUAGCUUUCAAAUUUUGCAUUGUCCUACUGAAUUAGAUAUAUUAUUAUUGAUUUGUAGGGUUUAAACUGUUCAA